AUGAGGACAGCUGGGCCAGAAACAGAUCUCAUUCAGCUUUCGCCUGUGACUACGGUCACUUUCAACUAUGAUGACUACUACUACGAGGACAGCUGCCAGUACGAGCAGCUACAGCAUAUGACUGCUUUCCUCCCUGUCCUGCCUGUCCUGUAUGCUGCCGUGUUCUUGGUGGGCAUUCUUGGCAACUCCAUCCUGAUCGUAGCCUUAGUCUUCAAGCGACGGGUCCAGAGGCUGAUUGACAUCUUCAUCAUUAACCUUGCUGCUUCAGACUUCAUCUUCCUCAUCACGCUGCCAUUCUGGGUGGACAAGGAGGCAUCAGAUGGGAUAUGGAGGGUAGGAUCUUUCCUCUGUAAAGCUAGUUCUUACAUCAUCUCAGUCAACAUGUACUGCAGCAUCCUCCUCCUCACUUGUAUGAGUGCAGACCGGUACCUUGCCAUCAUGUAUCCCUCCAUUGCUAGAAGGGUCCGAACCAGAUCCUAUUCCAGUGGACUUUGCUUCUGCGUCUGGCUGUUAUCCUGCUGCUUAGGGAUACCAACCCUUUUGUCCAGAGAACUGAAUGAGCGCUACGGCAAGAUGUACUGCACAGACAAAGACGUGACAGAAUCCAAACAGAUCACAUCACUGAUGAUUUUAAUCCUGGCCUUCUUCUUCCCGCUGUUGAGCAUUCUGACCUUCUACUGCUCCAUCACAAAGAGACUCUGUGUCCAUUACCAGAGAUCUGGGAAACACGACAAGAAGCUGAGAAAAUCUAUCAAGAUCGUCUUCAUUGUGGUGGCUGCUUUUGUCAUCUCUUGGGUGCCCUUCAACCUCUUCAAGCUUAUGGCCAUCCUGUUGGGACUGCAGAAGCUGCCUGACUGUUUCCUUGACACGGUUGCCCAGGUGGGCAUGACGGUGAGCAGCCCCUUUGCCUUUGCCAACAGUUGUGCCAACCCUUUCAUUUACUACUGCUUUGACAAUUACAUCCGCAGAGCCAUGCUCAGGUGCCUGUGUCCGUGGGUGAAAGCCAGCAGCGGCAGCACCAUCUCUGACACCUUGGACACUCGCCUGAGCCACUCCUUAUCCAAUUUCAUCGCAGGGGAGUACACUGCAAGGAAGAGGAAGCGCUCCGUGUCCCUCUGA